UUGUAGCAUUUCUGAAGUUUUAUGCAUAUCACUUGUGUGCUAUCCUAACUCCUUUUAGUCGGGCGGUUGCAACGAACUAAUGUCAGGCAUGGAGGGUGUCAAAGAGCAAGAACAAGUAGAUGGAAAUGUAGCACAGGAGUCUGAAAAAUCCAUGCUGUCAUCUCAAGAGGAGGAGGCAGCUAUAAAGAAAAAAUAUGGAGGGAUUAUGCCCAAGAAACCACCACUGAUUUCGAAGGACCAUGUACGUGCCUACUUUGACUCUGCUGAUUGGGCACUUGGAAAGCAAGGUGUUGAGAAGCCCAAAGGACCACUUGAAGCCCUUCGGCCCAAAUUGCAGCCCACACAACAACAAACACGAUAUAGGAAGUCCCCCUAUGCCCCAUCAGAUUGAGAAGAUGGAGGGAGUGCUCAACCAGAAGAUGGGACUGCCAAUGAAUGAGAAACUGCCCUUAAUCUUCUGAUCUUGUGGGGACUAUUGAUUAUUAUUCUAAUACCUAGAUAGGUAAUGAGUAAUUUUCAAUUCUUCCCGUGAAUAAACUUGGUGAAGAUGUUUCGGU